AAACAAAAUUAGAAACCCAGAAAGAAACGAUGGGAGGUGGUCAGAGGCGGACAACCCAGAAUCAAACGACGUCGUCGGCAUCGUCGUCAUGCUGGUCGCAUUUCUGGUCGUCGGCUUUAAGGACCAAACCCUUGGGCUCUCCAUUGGAAGUUGCCGUCCGCACGAACUCCGGCGACGGCCUCGUCCGUCGCCUCGGCAUGUUUGACCUCAUACUCCUCGGCGUCGGCGCUUCUAUAGGCGCCGGCAUAUUCGUCGUCACCGGCACCGUCGCCCACGACGCUGGCCCUGGAGUGACUAUUAGUUUCAUUCUUGCUGGAGUUUCUUGUGUGUUAAAUGCACUCUGUUACGCUGAGCUAGCUUCUCGCUUUCCUGCCGUUGUUGGUGGAGCAUACCUUUACACAUACACGGCUUUCAAUGAGCUCACUGCUUUUCUUGUUUUUGCACAACUUAUGCUCGACUAUCAUAUUGGAGCCGCUAGCAUAGCCCGGAGCUUAGCAAGCUAUGUAGUUACAAUUCUAGAACUAUUCCCAAUUUUUAAGGAAAACAUUCCAGACUGGAUUGGACACGGUGGCCAAAAGUUCCUCGGAGGAGCUAUAUCGAUCAAUGUAUUAGCUCCUGUUCUCCUUGUGCUUCUUACUGUAAUCCUUUGUCGGGGUGUAGGAGAAUCCGCUGCCGUAAACUCAUUUAUGACUGCAACAAAGGUUAUCAUUGUUAUUAUUGUCAUCUUCGCUGGUGCUUUUGAGGUUGAUACUUCAAAUUGGACCCCUUUUGCCCCAGAUGGUUUCAAACCAAUAUUGACUGGAGCAACAGUUGUAUUUUUUGCAUAUGUUGGAUUUGAUGCAGUUGCUAAUUCAGCUGAAGAAUCAAAGAGACCGCAGCGGGACUUGCCAAUAGGAAUCAUCGGCAGCCUUCUAAUAUGUAUUACAUUGUAUAUUGGUGUCUGUUUGGUGAUCACUGGAAUGCUACCUUACUAUUUACUUGGGGAAGAUGCUCCAUUGGCUAAUGCUUUUACAUCCAAGGGAUUGAAAUUUGUUUCAAUCUUAAUCAGUGUAGGUGCUGUUGCUGGACUUACGACUACCCUACUAGUUGGUCUGUAUGUUCAGUCUCGAUUAUAUCUUGGGCUUGGAAGAGAUGGUUUACUACCUUCAGUGUUUGCUAGAGUACACCCAAGAUGCCACACUCCCAUUCAUUCUCAGGUCUGGGUUGGUAUUGUUGCUGCCGCCUUGGCAGGCUUGUUCAAUGUGCAUAUUCUCUCGCACAUUCUUUCAGUUGGGUCAUUGACAGGCUACUCUGUCGUUGCUGCAUGUGUUGUUGCUCUUCGUUUGAAAGAUAAGGCAUCAAGUCAAGUGUCUUCUUCUACCUGGCGGGAAGGUGUCAUCUGCCUCUUAAUAGUUGCAUGUGGUGGUUUUAGUGCUGGACUCUGCUACAGAUUCAGUGUUUCAAUUGUUUUUCUGGUGGUAGCUGUAGUUGUGGCAAUACUUGCUAUGGGUGCUCUUUGUUUCCGCCAAGUUUAUGCCGAUCUGCCAGGGUUUUCUUGUCCUGGUGUUCCUAUUGUCCCAGCCACAUGCAUCUUCUUCAACAUGUUUCUAUUCGCCCAGAUACACCAUGAAGCAUGGGUGAGAUUUGUCAUCCUUUGCAUUAUUACAGUUGGUAUUUAUGCAUUUUAUGGGCAAUAUCACGUGGAUCCGAGUUCAGAGGAGACUAUUAUUUAUCACCGAAUGUCAGGAGAAGAACGCUUCAUCACUAAUGCUGCAAGCCAUCACUAAUGCUGCAACUGCAAGGUCUAAAGCUACUGCAGCAACAACGGAAGGGACCUCGACUGAAAGUCUAAAGCCUACUCAAGCUUAGUGUGAUCCUAGCCUUUGAAGUUUGAAGUAUCCUGCGACUUCUGUAUAGCCUUAGGGAAAUAUUUUAGCAUACCAGUGUCCACCAUGUUAACCUCAGAAUCUAAGACCACAAUGAAAUUGUUAGUUUCUAUAAAACGGGUUUUAUAGGGUACCGCCAUG